UUCUUUCCCUCACCAAUGGCGCCGCCCGCUCCGUUGCUGCUGGAUUUGGACGCAUUUCCUCAACCGCCUACCUUCAUCCCAUCGCCUUCAACCCCACAAUUCUCUAAUCCUCCUCCUUCUCGACCUCCCCUUGGACCUUUACCCCCAGUCCCUGGCCCAAGCCGAAUUUCAGACGCAGACACCCUUCUUUUCCUACAAAGUACUGGUGUUUCGCGCUCGCGCCGUUCAUCCAAACUUUCUUUUAACGGGAACCGCGAUUCGAUUGCUAGCACCCGGAGUGACUCUUUACUCAGCAUUUCAACACCACAAACACCGUCCUCCCCUGCCCACAGUCUACACCAACCCAGUCUCGUAUUCUCCGUUGACGAGCAUGAUGAGCCGAGCGACGACUUGCUAGCCAACGCCCCUCUGAUUCAGAAGGCCCCUUUAGACGAACUGGAGGACUUAUCAGUCGCUGUUCCCUCAGUCAUGCCUACUCCCCGCCUACCACGCACAACACCUCCAAGGACUCACCAACCCCGUCGAGAGAGUAUUGCUCUCAACUCUGUCGCUAUCCCAACCACAGACAGCGACACCGAACCCGACUUUGACGCUCUCGACUCCCCUGCUGAGCCAACCAGAGCCGUCUCCCCUGACAUCACUUCCAUCCUGGCAACAACUCCCAGGCCUCGUCUUAAUAGUCUGUCGAGAGGUGUCGCAUCUGUAUAUGAACCCUGGGAAGAGGACUUCAUUGAUGACUAUGGCAAGCAACGCGACACCAUUUUUUCAGUCUCGUCCAAGAGAAGCAACGCCUUCACGUUUGGCUUCCCAGACUCCACCCGGUCGGAGGAAUCACUGCAUUCCGUUGCUUGGGAUGACCCUCACGAGUCGGACUCUGAUUUGGACCUGCAUACAUCAUUGCCUCAACUCAUGCUGCAACAUGGCUUUUUGUCCCCGCAGAGCAAACUCCUGACGGAAGAUACUCCCACUCUUACCCCUUCCUCUGCCUCAACAUCUCGUACAAAGACUGUACCGCCUAGGGAUACGAGAGACACACCCAAACGCCGAGUUCGUCAUCGUGAUGGUAAACUGCUUCGUGGUGGUAUAGGUCUGACUACGGGGCUGGGUUGGAGCGAUUCAGAGGAUGAAGAUGCACCAAGUGCUCUCACCCGUCGCAUUUCGUCUCUCGACCUUAAUCGCUCCCGUUCACAGCUUGGACUCAGUCGUUCGUCCAGUUUAGCGACCUCUGCUCGGACCUCAACCUUUUCGCGAUCCAUUUCGCAUGCCCGUCGUGCUCAAAGUGAAUACGAUGAUACGGAUACCGACGAGUUUGGCGUCCGACUUGCCAAAGAUAGUGCCCCACCUACAAGCUGGCAAAGGCGUAGUGAUCCAACAUCCCGUCUUUCUCGUGUUCAGAGCCAGAGUUCUCUUCGUCGAAUGCCGUCAAUCCAAUCAGAAGAGUCGACAAGCACAACGACCAGUGCAAUGAGCCUACCAUUGAUGCGGAGUCGCAGUAGAGUUCUUCGUGUCAUGGCUGCAGACAAAGAAAAGCCUCUCCCGUCAACACCUCAUCUCAGGCGUGGUCCAAGUAACGCCAGCCUUAUCCGUCCGAGAGCGGUGACUGGGGUGACCCACCCAUUGUCAAUAGUACCACCAUCAGCAGUUUCGAUGAAGAGUACUCCACAACCAGGUGGCCUCCCCCCCACCCCAUUAACACCUGGCGGGUCACGAUCAUUGCGCCCACUUCGUUUGCAGCCACGUAUGCCUGUUCUUGGUGGUGAUCGGGCUCCUGUGCCUGUUCCAGCAGUGAUCAGCGUUGGCGGAUUGUCGAGUUCAGUGUCUUCGUCUUCUGCGUCAACAGAAAGCUCGAAUCUGUCCACUUCUUCCUCUGGCCUCUCUACAUCAACAUCAGCGACGUCAAUGUCGCUUCUCUCUGCCUCCCCAUCAUAUGCACGAGCUCCGUCACCGUAUGGUCCACCAUCACCCGCACUCACACCCACAAGCUCUGGGUUUGCUUCUGUCACACCAACACCCACCACGCCGAGUUUUGGCCCAAGCACUCCGACAACGCCGAUGUCUGAACACAGUGGGAUUGCACGACCCCGUCCAAGAACGGGAACGGGUAUGGCUUAUCGGUCAUCAACUUAUGGUGGAUUAGCCGGAGGCAGUGGUGGUCGGGGUCCGGGUAUUCCUGUCCGUGCCCCCACGAAACUUGCUGGCCUUGCUUUGUAA